GUGCUCGACCUAUUGACACCCGGCCCGGGCGAUGCGAUACUAGACAUUGGAUGUGGUGAUGGUGCAUUGACGGCCCGUCUGGCGAGCAAGGCGCCCCUCGGAACAAUUGUGGGCAUAGACAGCUCGGCAGCCAUGAUCGAACAUGCGAACACGACUUAUUCAGCCUCCGGCGUGAAUCUCGUUUUCAUGCAGCACGAAUGUUCGAGACUGGAUCAAAAGCCAGACGAUAUGAUAGUGUGGGAAGGCGCGUGGGAUUGGGUUUGGUCGAACUCGACCUUUCACUGGCUUCUCCGGCACCAGGAUACCAGGGCGACACUAUUCGAGGAUGUUCAUCGUUUAUUAAAGCCUGGAGGCAGAGUCGUCUUUGAAUGUGGAGGUGCCGGAACCGUCCCAGAAGCAAUCACGGCGUUCGUCGCAGCAAUGGCCUUCCACGGAGUACCUGCCGAGACCCGAAAGCAGGUCAAUCCAUGGUUUUUCCCAAGCGCCGAGUGGACGCGAAAGGCAUUGGAGGGUGCUGGGUUUGAGGUGAUUGUAUGCGAGACGCACCAUCAGCCGCACAAGGUUUCUGAGCACAACGGUAGCUUGGAAGGCUGGGUGCGGCAGCUUGGUGCCGUGUUCCUCGAUGCUAUCGAGCCACAAGAAGGGCCCAGGCGGGAUGGAGUCGUGAGAUGGGUGUGCGACGUGCUGAACGAAAGUAUCGAAAGGAAAGAGGAUGGAACGCGAUGGCUCAGUUAUGUCAAAUUGAGAGUGCUCGCCAGGAAAUAG